CUUUGAAUGAGCGUCCUGGGGUUCCCGGGGCGGGGAGAGACGUUUUUGGCGGGGGAGUCGCGGCUCGCAGACGCCGAAACUAAGCAGGGGGGCGGAGUCAGACGCUAGCCGAGUGUCAGAACCUGGGACAAAGAGGGUGUUCGUCGCACCUAAAAAAUGCGGGGGGGAAAAAUGCAAAAACCGUACAGCACUACGCUCCUGGAGGUGCUCCUUCUAAUAGGACACCUACUGUGACAUGGAUUGGUUCUCUGCUGGGGUUUUGGAAAGUUUUGUCAGUUAAAAGCACUCAUUGACAUGUGACGUGCGAAGUGUAACCUAGACGUUAAGAUGUCCGCCCGAUGCUGCAGCGCGCUAAACAGGGAAAUGGAAGAGUGGCGAAAGCACAAUGCCACCCCUUAUGGAAGAGCCUAGAAAGAUAGAAUGACGCUUUGGGGAAAAAAAAGAAGAAGAAAAAAAGCCCUUUGGAAGUGCGGAGACGGACCCUAUAAAUACGGCCGGGAGCUGCGAGCCGCGAGACGGACCGGCGCAGUCGGUUUGAGGUUCUCGUCGGUUUCCCUCGUUUGCGACCGCCAGCGUUUUUUCGCGGAGCUGCUGGUCAUGCGGGUGCUGUCCAGACUGGCGCUGGUGCUGAAGGACGCGCGGACCCAGUCCUUCCUGCGGGACGUCCUGUGCGAGUUCGUGGGCACCGCCCUCUUCCUCUUCGCGGGCCUGGCCUCGGUGGUGCUGUGGCAGGGCGCCCCGGGUUCGGAGGGCGCCCCCGGUCCCGACCCGUCGCCGGUGGCAGCGGCGGCGGGGGGAUGGGGGGGUCCGUCCCCGGCGUUCCUCUCCGCGUGCCUCCCCGACCCGCUCCGCGUCGGCCUCGCCUUCGGGACCGCCCUCGCCCUCGUCUCGCUGUGCCUGGGGCCGGCCACCUCCGGCGGGGUCCACCUCAACCCCGCGGUCACCCUGGCGAUGGUCGUCGGGCUGCGGGCGACGCCCUGGAGGGCCGUCCUGUACGUGGGGGCACAGCUGCUGGGAGCCCUGUGCGCCUGCACCCUUCUGCGGGGGCUCAAACCCACACCCCUCCCGGGUCCGAUGGGUCUGAAUGAGCUGGGCCCGGGUGUGUGCCCUUACCAGGCCCUUUCGGUGGAGGCGGCCGUCACCUUCCUGCUGGUGCUGUGCGUCGCCGUCGCCGCCCGCCCCAAAUCUCCGCUCGGGCGGCUGGGUCCCGCGGCCGUCGGCCUGUCCGUCGUUUUGGGGCACCUGGUAGCGGUGUACUGGGCGGGGCCAUGCGCCGGGGCUGUCCUCGCCGUCGCCGUGCACGACCUGCUGCUCCACCCCCGCUGGGGUUGCCCCGGCGACUGGCUGGCGGAGCUGAGGGAGGUGUUCCUGACCGGCCAGCGCCAGCCGGCCCGGGGUCCGGAGCGGGCGGGGGAGUAGUGCUCCGCGCGGACGGACGGACGGACGGGCGCGUCGAGCCCCGGCCCUCGUGCAGGACAGGGGCCCACAUUAACGCCCGGAGGCGGAGUCACCCCACCGCUCCCACAGAAGGACACGCCUCUUUUCCCACACGCACACGACGCACGCAGACAUGUCAGCUGCGGAUACUGCUGUUCCAACCGCACAGUCCGGGCUCGGUUCCUGUGCUUGGAUGCUCCUCUGUUUCUUCACUCGUUCGGCUCCCUCUUUGCCUUUCUAUAAACAAACAGUCUACACUUCAGUUGGUCACUGUUGGGAAACAUCCUGUAUUUGAUUGGUGUUCCAAUACGCAUCGGGUCAACAACUUUUUUUAAUUAAGGCAAUGUCACGUGAGCACGUAUUCGGUUGAAACACCGAAACGAAGGCUUCAUUCAGUAUUUUACAGAGGUAUGAAAUAUGUGUUGUAUUUUCCUUGUUAUAUUUUCGUUCAGAGAUGACAGUAGUCUGUAGUGGAAAUGGCUUCCACCAUGGUCCAAAGGCAGUCUGUCACGUUGUGCCUCGUACACUCACCUACGUUGAUAAAAAUGCAUUUAUCUCGGUGAAAUUCUCUGAAUCUGGCCUACGUACAGGUUCAAGUGUGGGUGGUGUCAGUACACAAUCCGUUCCAGUCUCCAUGGUGACGGCAUUACAGAAUUAUGGGUGCAGUUCUCCAAAUGGCAGUCUAUCGCCAUUGACGUCGUGACGUUCGUAGAUUCGCAUCAUCAGUUUCCCGCCCACAUCUCCCCACGCACCAAUUAAAUGUGUUCUAUACGGCUAAAAUCCAUGUGUUUUUGUUCCAUAUUUUUUAUACUACAUGUGUAAUCCUUCUGCAGCGUUUUGUGUACUCUACUCUUCUAGAGUCUGUAGAAUGGAAACAUUUCCCGUGUGUUUCCGGCAUAUGUAGGAUGCACGUCUUUUUUUGUUUUGUUUUUUUUGUGUUUUUUUUUUUUUUUUUUUUUGCACCCGUACAAGCUAGAAUUUUGUUGUCUAUGCACACAAAUUAAAAUCUUUGAAUGUAAAAGCCAUCGUUAUCCAGCGGUGUUUUUGCCGGACGGGGUGUGAACGUGGGAAUCCUGGCCUGUUCUUUCCUUCUCUUUUCGGUGUAGCGAUUUGUCCCCGUCUAUUUUUAAUGCUGAGGGGGAGCGGGGGCUAUCUCUGCGAGGGCCAGGGGUGAGAUGGGCUUACACCUUGUUAAUCUCUUCAGUACAGCCCCCUCUGUUACCCUGCUCUCCCUUAUCUGGCACGCUCCAUUUCCUCCUGAACUGCCGGAAUACCGGGCCCAGCGGAAACGGCGGGAAGUCUCCCUGCGAUGUGGGGAAAUUCCGGAAUGUUCUUCUGUCCCAUUUUCAGGAUUCUUUUCUUAUCGGUCUUCAGCAUCGACUCCUCCCUGGGGAUGGAGUCUGUGGAAAAGAAAUGUUUUCAGUUUGAGCUGUGCAUUCCUACACCAUGUAAUAUUGAUAUAAAUUCCUUCUGUGACAAAUGCAUAUUUACAUACACUGUGUGUGGUGCACAAAACAUAUGUAAUAGGAU